AUGGCGUCGAGUCAAGAAGAGAAUACGGAACCUCAGCCGGUUAGAAGGGAGAUCAAAACGCAAUUCCCAGUUGCCCGAAUCAAGCGGCUCAUGCAGUCCGACGAGGACAUUGGCAAAGUUGCUCAGGCCACGCCCGUGGUGGUCGCCAAAGCUCUCGAAUUAUUUAUGAUCCAGCUUGUCGACGAGUCCUGCAAGCGAGCACGCGCCAAGCAGGUCAAGCGGGUCUCGCUCGCGCACCUUUACCAGGCGGUCAUGGAAGAAGAGAAGUUCGACUUCUUGCGCGAGGUGAUGGAAAAGUACCAGCCCACCAUUUCAGAGCCCAAGAAACGCAAGUCUGAGUCGAGUUAA